AGGUGAAGCUGGGAAGCGCGGAGCCAUCUUGGUGCCCGCGCCGGGCAGGGACCCGUCGCCGCCGCCGCCGUCGCGCCAGGACAGCGAACCGCCGUCGGGCUGGGCACGGGGGGGCGUCCGCGCGCGGGGCCCCGCUCGCCAUGGGCACCUAAGAACCUCGGGGUCCGACUGCGACGGGAGCAGCGGCGGCGGCGGCGGCGACGGGCUGCCUGCCCCCCCCCCCCCCCCCCCCCGCCCCUACCCGCCGGCGACCAGAGCCGGGCUCUCCCCGCCUGCCGCCGCCCGCGCCCCCAUGAGGCCGGAGCCGCUGCCCGCCGCCCGCUGGCGCCCGUGACGAGCUCGCCGGGAGGUCGCGCCGCCCCCGCCGCGGGCGCCCCGGCCCCGCCGGGCCGUUUUUAAGCCUCCGCCAGCGGGAGGGAAGUUGUCGUCCCGUCCGUUCCCCCCCCCCCCCGCCCCCCGCUGCCCCUUCCCGCCCUCGCCCUCCCUCCGGUUCCUGCACCGAGAGUGAGAAAAGCACAACCUCAGGGAGACCUGGCCCUGCGCACAGAUACCUGCUUUCCCCCGGCGGGAGCCCCGGAGAAGGAAACCGGCCCCUUCCCUCGUCCUCCAGCGCCGGGGCCGUGGGCGUCGGAAGCCUUCAGACCGUGUGGCCGGCAGGCACCUGUCCCGCCUGGAGGCAGCUCUCCUAGACCAACCAGCCCCCCUCCGGCUCAAGUACAUUUUGUGGACAUAAGCAUUUUUUUAACUUUUUAAAGAACUCGGGUUUUGGUUUUUUUUUUUGGUUUUUUUUGUUUGUUUGUUUGGGUUUUUCCUGGGAUUUUUACGAGCUUCCCCUCAGUUGAUUUCCUGCUUCUCCCACCUCAGAUAGCACUGGCUCUGUUUUUCCUGGUACUGUAGUAUGGGGAUCGAAUCAAAAUUGAGAUUUUAAGUACUGCAGGAGCCCUCAAGUCCAUCCACCUGUUAAAAGUGAGCAGUGCUGUUUCUGUCUUUAUUCUUUUCCCCCCACGUCGCCUGUCGGAUGUGAUGGAACUCAUGUUCGCAGAGUGGGAGGACGGGGAGAGGUUUUCAUUUGAAGACUCCGAUCGCUUUGAAGAAGACUCUCUUUGUUCCUUCAUCUCUGAGGCAGAGAGCCUUUGCCAGAACUGGAGAGGAUGGAGGAAGCAAUCGGCUGGACCCAAUUCUCCCACUGUCAAAAUGAAAGAUGGGCUGGUGAUCCCAUUGGUGGAACUGUCUGCAAAACAGGUUGCAUUUCACAUUCCAUUCGAGGUGGUGGAGAAAGUUUAUCCUCCAGUGCCUGAGCAACUGCAGCUUCGAAUCGCCUUCUGGAGUUUCCCAGAAAAUGAGGAAGAUAUCAGAUUGUACUCAUGUUUGGCGAAUGGCAGUGCAGACGAGUUCCAGCGAGGGGAGCAGCUGUUCCGGGUGAGGGCUGUCAAAGACCCUCUCCAGAUAGGUUUCCAUCUAAGUGCCACUGUGGUACCCCCACAGAUGGUGCCACCCAAAGGUGCGUACAACGUGGCGGUGAUGUUUGACCGAUGCAGGAUCACGUCAUGUAGCUGUACCUGUGGAGCUGGGGCCAAGUGGUGUGCUCACGUCGUGGCGCUCUGCCUCUUCCGGAUACACAAUGCAUCUGCGGUAUGCUUACGAGCACCUGUUUCUGAGUCCUUGUCUCGGCUACAAAGAGACCAAUUGCAAAAAUUUGCUCAGUACCUAAUCAGUGAACUUCCACAACAGAUUCUUCCAACAGCUCAGCGCUUGCUGGAUGAGCUGUUAUCUUCUCAGUCUACUGCCAUCAACACAGUGUGUGGAGCCCCAGAUCCCACUGCUGGACCCUCUGCAUCAGAUCAAAGCACCUGGUACUUAGAUGAAUCUACUCUGAGUGACAACAUAAAGAAAACCCUUCAUAAAUUCUGUGGACCCUCUCCUGUUGUUUUCAGUGAUGUGAAUUCAAUGUAUCUCUCUUCCACGGAGCCACCAGCUGCUGCUGAGUGGGCCUGUCUUCUGCGUCCCCUGCGAGGAAGAGAGCCUGAAGGAAUCUGGAACCUGCUUUCCAUUGUGCGGGAGAUGUUUAAGAGACGGGAUAGCAAUGCAGCUCCUUUGCUGGAGAUUCUGACUGACCAGUGUCUCAACUAUGAGCAGAUAACCGGCUGGUGGUACAGUGUGCGAACAUCUGCAUCACACAGCAGUGCUAGCGGGCACACAGGGCGCAGCAAUGGCCAGUCAGAAGUAGCUGCUCAUGCUUGUGCAAGUAUGUGUGAUGAGAUGGUUGUUCUUUGGAGGCUGGCUGUCCUUGACCCAACUGUUAGUCCACAGAGGCGCAGGGACCUUUGCUCACAGCUCAGACAGUGGCAGCUGAAAGUCAUAGAUAAUGUUAAGAGGGGUCAGCACAAGAAAUCACUGGAGAAGCUCUUCCAGGGUUUCAAGCCAGCUGUGGAAGCCUGUUACUUCAACUGGGAGGAAGCUUAUCCCAUUCCUGGGAUCACAUAUAGCAGCACUGACAAAAAGAACUCAUUCUGUUGGGUAAAGGCCAUCCAGCAGAGGAGUUGCCGGUUGCCGUGUACAGAAAUUGCCUGUGAGGCUGGUAGAACCCAUGGACAGGAGCCCGGGGGACCAUGUCUGCAGCCUGGGGACAGGCUGCGUCCCUCUCCCCAGGAGCCAGCAGUUCGUCCAAAGGAACUUACUGGAAAGCGGAAAGUUGUCUCUGAAACGCCACAGAGGGUUCUGAGACGGCUUUCAGCAGAAGGUGAUAAAGCUGUGUACAAGACUGCAGCGGGCAAAGCAAAGUUGCCAGUGAGCAAAGGCUUGACCAGUAAACAUAGUGGGAAACGCCGCAUGAGCAGUGAAGACAGCUCUCUGGAGCCAGACUUGGCAGAGAUGAGCCUGGAUGACAGCAGCUUGGCUCUGGGGGCAGAAGCCAGCAACACAUUUAGUUUUACAGAAAGCCCACUGAGCAGGAGCUACAGGGACACCUUUGAGGAGGAUGGUGGGGUGUACUUCUCUGAGGGACCUGAGCCCAGUGUCAGGAGCAGUUCCAUGGCCAAGAAAUCGCCCAAGGAUCCUGUGGGGGAAAUGGGUAGUGGUGAUGAUGACCUCCCUUCUGCAGAUGAGAACAGCGGUGGUGUGAGCCUGAAGCCAGAAGAAGUGGGAGAGAAUGGUGCAGCAGGGGGUGGGGAUGAUGGAGAAGACGACGAUGAUUACCAAGUAUACUAUCUGAAUCCACAAGAGGUAGCCAAGGAAGAUGAUGACAAAGCUGAAGGGGGAAAUGAAGAGGAGCAGGAUAUAUUUGCUGGUAUAAAGCCUCUGGAGCAGGAGAACCGGAUGGAGAUCCUGUUUGCCUGUGCAGAGGCCCUGUAUGCACAUGGAUACAGUAAUGAUGCAUGCCGCUUAACUGUAGAGCUUGCCAGGGACCUACUGGCCAACCCUCCAGAUCUCAAAGUGGAGCAACCACCAACUAAGGGUAAAAAGAACAAGGUAUCAACCAGCAAGCAGACAUGGAUGGCAACCAACACCUUGUCUAAAGCUGCUUUCUUGUUGACUGUGUUGAGUGAGCGGCUGGAGUACCACAACCUGGCCUUUCGAAUAGGAAUGUUUGCUCUGGAGCUGCAGAGACCACCUGCCUCUACAAAGGCUCUGGAGGUGAAGCUGGCAUAUCAGGAGUCUGAGAUUGUAGCCCUCUUGAAGAAGAUUCCCUUGGGCACUAAUGAGAUGAACACUAUUCGAGGAAGAGCUGAAGAACUGCGAGAAGGGACACUAUGCGAUUACCGUCCUGUCCUGCCUCUGAUGUUGGCUAGCUUUAUAUUUGAUGUCCUGUGCACUCCAGUGGUUUCUCCUACAGGCUCUAGACCCCCAAGCCGUAAUUGGAAUAAUGAAAUGCCUGGAGACGAAGAGCUUGGUUUUGAGGCAGCUGUUGCUGCUCUUGGCAUGAAAACAACUGUCAGUGAAGCAGAACAUCCUCUGUUGUGUGAAGGCACCCGAAGGGAAAAAGGGGAUCUGGCACUAGCCCUGAUGAUUACUUACAAGGAUGAUCAGUCUAAGCUGAAGAAGAUUUUAGACAAACUCCUGGACAGAGAGAGUCAAACUCACAAACCACAGACUCUGAGUUCCUUCUACUCAUCCAGCAAGCCUACAGUAGCAAACCAAAAAUCUCCUUCCAAACACGCUGCCCAGUCCACUGCAGCUAUCCAGCAGCUUCCAGGGACUUCUGUCACUCAGCAAGCUACUGUAAGCACUGCAGUCCAGAGCAGUCCUGAGAACUUUGUGGAGAAGAGUGCACAGGAGUGCUCUCAGAGGUCCCCCUGUGAGCCAGCUGCGGAGGCCACUGUCUUGAAACAAGAGGGAAAGGUCCCCAGUCGUCUGGCCCUUGGAAACCGAGGUGGAUACAAUGGGAGAUGCUGGGGUUCACCUGUCAGGCAGAAGAAGAAACACACAGGCAUGGCUAGUAUUGACAGCAGCGCUCCUGAAACCACCUCUGACAGUUCUCCAACACUCAGUCGACGUCCACUACGUGGGGGAUGGGCAACAACAUCGUGGGGCAGAGGUCAGGACAGUGACAGCAUCAGCAGUUCUUCAAGUGAUUCGCUGGGAUCUUCCUCUUCCAGUGGCAGUAGGAGAGCCAGUGGGGGAGCCCGCGCAAAGACUGUGGAAGUUGGCAGGUAUAAAGGGAGACGGCUGGAGAGCCAUGCUCCUCAUGUCCCAAACCAGCCCUCAGAGGCAGCUGCUCACUUCUACUUUGAAUUGGCCAAGACAGUCCUUAUCAAAGCAGGUGGAAACAGCAGUACCUCUAUCUUCACCCACCCUUCCUCCAGUGGUGGACACCAGGGACCACACCGCAACCUUCAUCUCUGCGCCUUCGAGAUUGGGCUGUACGCACUAGGGCUGCACAACUUUGUGUCUCCCAACUGGCUCUCUCGAACUUACUCCUCUCAUGUCUCUUGGAUCACAGGGCAGGCCAUGGAGAUCGGUAGCGCAGCCUUGAACAUCUUGGUGGAGUGUUGGGAUGGACAUCUGACUCCCCCAGAGGUGGCAUCAUUGGCAGACAGAGCUUCACGGGCCAGAGACUCCAACAUGGUGCGGGCAGCUGCUGAACUGGCACUCAGCUGCCUGCCCCAUGCCCAUGCCCUGAACCCAAAUGAGAUCCAGAGGGCUCUGGUGCAGUGCAAGGAACAGGACAAUCUGAUGCUGGAAAAGGCCUGUAUGGCAGUAGAAGAGGCAGCCAAAGGAGGUGGCGUGUACCCAGAAGUCCUGUUUGAAGUAGCUCACCAGUGGUACUGGCUUUACGAACAGACUGUUGGUGGGACCCCAGCCCAGAGAGAAGGUGCUACUGGCUGCAGUGCCAGUGGUGCACGGGCUGCCUCUGAAGUGGCACGUGGGUUGACAGACAACCGGGUGACCUCUGAGCCGACCACUGUAACAGUGGCAGCUGCGGUAACUGCGGCAGCAACAGUCAUGCCGGUGAUCUCUGUUGGGUCGACCAUGUACCAGCAGCAUACAAUGGCAGGGCCAGCAAUGGCACAUACGCACACGCAGGGUCUCCAUCCUUACACCACCCUUCAGACUCACAUCCCCUGUAAUCCCCAGUAUAUUGGACACACUAUCCAGCACAUGCCGCGCCCAGCUGUCUUCCCGGUCCCUGGCUCGGCGUACCCACAGGGUGUACAUCCAGCAUUCAUAGGAGCGCAGUACCCUUAUUCGGUAACAACGCCGUCAUUGGCAGCUACAGCAGUGUCAUUCCCCGGUGUGCCCGUCCCAUCCAUGACGCAGAUUGCAGUGCAUCCCUAUCACAGUGAGACAGGACUGUCACUGUCUUCCAAUGUAGCGAUAGGAAGUGUCCAUGCAGGAUCAACGUUCCCAGCGAUUCAGGGGGCUUCCUUGACAACUCUGUCCUCACAGCCCAACUCCCUUGUUACAGGGAGUUUUCCUGCCGAGGAUGAGCAGCACAGUCAGCCUGUGAGCCCCCAGGGUCUGCACUACCUCCACUCCGCAUACCGAGUUGGGAUGCUGGCUCUGGAGAUGCUUGGCCGAAGAGCUCACAACGACCAUCCCAACAACUUCUCCCGCAGCCCACCCUACACGGAGGAUGUAAAAUGGCUCCUUGGGUUAGCUGCAAAGUUAGGUGUAAACUACGUGCAUCAGUUUUGCGUUGGUGCGGCCAAGGGGGUGCUGAGCCCUUUUGUGCUCCAGGAGAUCAUCAUGGAAGCUCUACAGAGGCUCAACCCUGCCCAUGUGCACAACCACCUGCGCACCCCAGCCUUCCACCAGCUGGUGCAGAGGUGCCAACAGGCCUACAUGCAGUACAUCCAUCAUCGGCUGAUCCAUCUCACUCCAGCUGACUACGAUGACUUUGUGAAUGCCAUCCGCAGCGCCAGAAGCGCCUUCUGCCUGACUCCCAUGGGCAUGAUGCAGUUUAAUGAUGUUCUCCAGAACCUAAAACGCAGCAAGCAGACAAAGGAGCUGUGGCAAAGGGUCUCUCUGGAAAUGACCACCUUCUCGCCGUGACAGCAGCCCUCAUACAGAUUGCACUGCUUCCAUAUGACAGACCCUGUCAGAGUUGUCUUCCAGCAGCUGCAGAGCCCAAACAGAGGAAGAGCCAGAGAAUCUCACCUCAGGCUGACAUUGACUGAACAAGCAGCUCAGUGGUAUGAGGCACAGGUCGGUUGUUUCAGAAGUUUCUAGUCUUUUCUCUGAAGAAAUUCCUCAGAGUGAGCAGACAGAGAUGGGAGCUGUGUGGAGCUGCUAUACCCUCAUUUAUUCAGGUCUUCCAGAACACACUUUCAGUCUUGGAUCUCUGCAUCUGUUAAUCUGUUGUUGUUCCUGAGCCAUAUCCCAUGGAAAUAUAUCUGAGCCAGGACAGGAGAAAGUAGAAAGUGAGAAAGGAGAUGGUGAUGGUGAUGUUUUUUCUCGCCAUGUGGCUGGGAGGUUCUUGAGGUAUUUUUCUUUUAUGAGAGAUGAGAUGAGCCCUGGUGGCCCCAGAAGCAUUAAGCUACUAUUAAGGCAGAAAAAUUAUUACCCAGUGCAGUCUUGUUAGUUUGGUCACUAUUCCAGGAAUGGGGAAAAUACUGAGGCUCAGAAGUUCUGAAAAGACAUUUCAGAAGAUGACCUGUAAGAGAGCAGAGGUUGCAGCCAACUCAAAUUUCCUUUGACUUCAGUUAAUCCAUGUGUUUUUUCACUCAGAGUAAAUGUUCUCUGGGUCCUCACACUUACCAGCAACAUGUGAAGUAGCUGCAGUGAAGGCCAGCUGCCACAAAAGCUGGAUGCUUUAGAGCUCUUCUAGAAAUGGUUUUACAUAGCUGAGAAGCUGUUCUCUGUGUUGGCUACCACCUCUUCCCAGGCUGGGCAGCAUAUGCUGAAUUUAGUCAGUACUAAUAGCUACAGGUAUUUGUCUGGAUAGGGCCUGGCCCCCACUUGCAUGAAGACAGAAGAUAUUCUGUGAUGGGUUAUUGCAAUGGGUUAUUGCCACGUUUGGUGAAGUCUAAUUCACUGUCUGUUCCUUGAAGGUAAGAUGAAUGAGGUCUUCAGACUACUUCCUGUGUUCUCUGUUCACAAUGACUUGCUUUCACUUGCCAGAUUUGUUUCCUCUUGUGACCACAGGAAUUAUACUUUCCCUUUUAGCUUUUAGUGUCUCUGGAAAUAACAGGUCACUUCAGUGGGGAGUUGGAGAAGUAAAAUUUGUACAGGUGCAGAUGAAACCAGCUGAGAAAUGGCUGAUGUCUUUACCGCAAGAUACCUGUAGGGCGGUUUUCACUGUCCUGCUAGUGUUGAAGAUCAAACUGCUUAAUAGUCCUAAUUAGGGCAGUGCGCUAAGAGCAGCCUUGUACUCUGAGUUAACCCACUGUCUGCACUUGAAGUUUCAUGGGUACUUGAGCUAAACAAUCUGGCAUGGUGCACAGAUGUGCAUUUUGAUGCUUUGUCCAAGAAUCAGUACAUGCAGAUAAAAGCAGAUGGUGUUCCAGUGUUAGGAUACUUACAAGCAACUCCUUAAAGAUGGAAAUUCCCUCUGUGUCUCAUUUUAUAUAUAUAUAUCUAUCUAUCUACACAGUGGGGGCCACGUAUAAAAAAAUGUCAGGGAGAGGGUGUGAGAAGAUACAGAUGAGGUACUGUAAGUGAAAGGGCCUUCCCCCCCUCCCCUUCCCUGAGGACAUUAGUGGGUGGCCAGGUAGUGUCUUUACCCUUUACCCUUGUCUUUGUAUGCACUCUUACCCUGUAUCUGAGACAGCAGUGUUUCUAGAACUUAACCUGUUGAUCCCUGCACAGUUUCUGAGUGUUCAGGGGUAAAAUCUUGGCAUUAGUGUGGUUGGUAGAAGACAUGCCAACAUUGCAUCUGGACUUUUGGCUGUUUGGCUCGUUGGAAGGAAUAGUGUGACUUUUGCUCUUAUGGAAUGGAUAAAAUAAAGGGUUUAGUCAUUGCAAGCCUUAUUCCUUGGAAGACAUCUCGUGCUGCAGGUACCCUUUUUCUGUGUAGAUCAGGCAUGCCAACCUCUGAGAGGGCUGAUUCCCCUCCUCCCUCUCUGGACGUGCUCGCCUACAACUAUCUUUCUUGCCUGUGGAAGUUUUCCUUUGGAAGCACUUUCCAGGAAUAUGAGUUAGCAGAACAGUAUUUGCCUUUGGACUUCAGUGUCUUUACAGCCCAUGAACAAGUUGAGUUGGAGUUGUCAUCUGAUGAAGCAACGUGCCUAGCAACAGGUACAGCUGCAGUUAGCUGAAAAGCGCGUUUCUGUCUAGUUUUCUUUAUUGUCAUUAAUAUUUAUUUGGGAUAUGUAUUUUCCAUUCAGAAAUAGCCUCCUGGGGAGUUGUUGAACCUAAACUGUUUAAUUCUUUGUGUGGGUUUGGAUUUUAUCAAGCCUAGCACUGUUGUAUUUCGGAGCAGAAUACAGGCUUUUACUUUCCCAGCUUAUUUAGCACUAGCUCGGCUAUGGCUACACAGUGCUAGAGUGCACCGGACAGCCUUGCAAACCCCAGAGUCAAUGGAAAUAGAGUAAGCCUUGAAGUAUCUAUAAAGUUUAUCACCACCUCCUGCUAUAAAUCAGUCAGCUGUAACAGGACAUCAAUUUGAAAUCGUUUUAUGUAGGAGUUGGGAAGUUGUAUUUUUCUUACCUAGGCGUUAAGAGAAGGGCAGGGUAUUAAAAUGAAUUUUCCAGGAUGCAUCUGGGGGGAAGCGUGCCGAAACAGAAGUGUGCUUACAGUCUGCUACUGAUGCCUUUCCUUUUUUCAGCUUAGUU